AUGAAAAAUGACAAGGUUAUAGCUUUUGCUUCUAGACAGUUGAAAGUUAAUGAGAAGAACGAUCCGAUCCAUGAUCUAGAGUUGGCUGCCAUAGAAUUUGCUUUAAAAAUAUGGCACCAUUAUCUUUAUGAUGUUCAUUUUGAUGAGUUCACCGAUGACAAGAAUCUUCAGUAUGUGCUUACUAAAAGAGAUCUUAAUCUUAGACAAAGGAGGUUGGUAGAAUUAUUCAAAGAUUAUUACAUGAGUAUUCGUUAUCGUCAAGGUGUUAUGAAGUUUGAUGAGAAGGGGAAACUUAUUCCCUGGUAUAUUGAUCCCUACACAAUAUCCAAGAGGAUUGGCAGUGCAACUUAUGAGCUAGAUCUACCACAAGAGUUAGUUGCAGUCCAUCCAGUAUUUCACAUCUCCAUCUUUAAAAAGUACAUGGAAGAUACUAAACUUAUCGUAACAACUCAAUAUACCUAUCUCAAGGAUAGAUUAUCAUAUGAGGAGAUUCCGAUUAAGAUUCUAGAUCGCCAAGUUCGAAAGUUGAGAACAAAGGAAGAAGGAUCAGUCAGUGUUCUUCAGAGGAAGUAG